AUGGCGCCAAACAUGCGGCAAGACAUGCCUCCCGGGGAGACAGCAUCAGAGCGCGUGCCACUGAUUGAUGACCGGGACCGAGGCGAGGGGUGGAAGGAGGAAGGCCAGGAUGAGCGCAGCGGGGAGCAAUCGGGGGGGCGGGGGUUCUUCACGGUGGACGAUGCCGUGAGCGGCCUGGGCGUGGGCUGGUUCCAGGUGUUGAUGAUGCUGGUAGUGGGAUUCUGCGCCCUGGGCGAGGGCGCCAACGCGACGGUGGCCGCCUUCGUGGCGCCCGCGGUCAAAUGCGAAUGGAGACUGACAGACAAGCAAGAGAGCCUAUUGACAGUGUGGGUGUUUGUUGGGCUGCUGAUUGGGGCCUACUUGUGGGGGGCACUUGCGGACAUCAUGGGCCGGAAGGUCUCGCUCAUGGCUGCGACAGUGGGAGGCAUCCUCACAAGCACAUUGGCAGCAGUGAUGCCCACCAUAGGGUGGCUUGAGUUCAUGUUCGCUCUGAUGGGAUUCACCUUCGCGGGUCAGUUCUCCGGCUUGACAUACCUCCUGGAGUUUGUGCCAGCGGCCCACAGAGGCAUGUGGGGUGUGGCAGCGGGGUUGUUCUGGAGUGCGGGCAUACUGGGCAAUGCUGCAACUGCAUGGCUGGUUAUGCCGUGGCAUGGCUGGCAAGGCCUGAUGGUGAUCACCAACAUACCGUAUGUUGUGGUGCUGCUGCUGUUCCCCCUGGUUCCGGAGUCUGCGCACUACCUCACUGCAGCUGGACGUUCUGAGGAGGCUCUGAAGUCGCUGCGGUGGGCUGCAAGGCUGAAUGGGACGCAGCUGCCAGAAGGCGAGCUUGUUGUGCCAGCAGUGGAGGAGGACGACUCAGAGAAUGAAUGCCGGCACUGCUCUUCAAAGAUUGGGAAGUUCUUGUCAGACAGUGCAAGGCUGGUGUCUGACUCUCUCUGGCUGACAACGCUGCUGGUGAUGGUGCUGUACGUCUGUGCCAAUGUGGUCUACAAUAUCAUACUUCUCCUUACCACCCAGAUCCACACGAAACAGACAUCGACGUGUGAGGGACAGGUCUUCUCCCUGUCGGCAGAGGACUUCAGGGAAGUGCUGAUCGUGUCAUCGGCAGACUUGGCAGGGAAUGUGCUGCCAGUGUUCAUCAUCGAUUUCAUUGGAAGGAAAUGGUGCGGGAUUUGA